AUGAAAAAGAAGAAAGUAGAUGUGGAAGAUAGGUGUUGUUUAUGCAAGGCAGUCCCUGAAGAUGUUCAUCAUGCCUUAGUGUAUUGUCCAUCUUUCAAAGGUUUACGGAAGAAUUACGUACCUGUUAUGGAGCAGUUACCUCUAGAUUUGGAUUUCUUGGUUGUUAUAAAUUUUAUUAUUGAUAGAAGAACAAAGUCAGAGUUCACACUGUUCUUUCUUAUCACCUGGGGCUUGUGGUUUAGACGCAAUAAGAUGCAAAUGGAACAACUCUUGCUUCUGCCUAAGCAGGUUAUUAAUCACUUCAUGUCUAUGUAUAAAACUUUUACUGACUUAAGAAGUUCAUCAACUCAUAAUGCCAAAAGAGCAUGCAGUUGGAAUCCUCCUCCAAGAGGUUUUCUAAAAUUGAAUGUGGAUGGAGUUGUGUUUUUAGAUGUGAGAAAGGCUGGUAUGGGGGUGGUACUUCGCGAUGACAAAGGUAAACUAGUGAUGGCUGCAAGCAAGAUUGAAAAUGCGGUAGAAAAUCCAUCUACCAUUGAACUGUUGGCCUUAUUAAGAGGUUUACAACUGAUUGUCCACUUGGGAUUUUCAAAACUUGAUGUUGAGAGUGAUUGUAUUUUGCAGGUUCAAGAACUUAAUAAUAAACAAGAUUCAUUGUCAGCAGAUGAUAGUCUUAUUAUGGAAGCUAAGAGCUUGCUUAAACAUUUUCAAGAGGUUGAAGUCCAACAUGUGCAUCGAUCGAAUGGGGAAUGA